UGCCGAAACAGACGGGACCGGUUUUGAUAACACUUAAUCUUUAUUUUAUUAUAUACUAUUUAAAUGUUGAACCUAGACGCCUAGUGUUAUUAAUUUAUUACCUUACAUAGUUGCAUAUUUUCGUUUUUGUUUUUCAAUAUUUCACCGUUUUUAGGUACUUUCGUAGGAAUAUUACUGUGCUCUAAACAUUCAUGUUUACAAAACUUCAAAAGACUAUUGAACACGGCGUUCUUAUAUCCGUCACACAUAAUCAUUUCUGGAUAACAUAAAUCACCGUCAGCAACGAUGUCGUACGCUUUGUGUUCAAUCCACAGUGAAAAGAUGCAUUUAUUAAAGCACGCCAUAGUGGUCGCUGUAUCCAGUAAUUACGUGUCCAAAGUCGUAGGACUGGCCAGCCUAAGCUUGGCUUCGAUAGUCAUCGAUGAGACAAUAGGACUGAUUAAACGGUACUUUUGGCAAAACUACGUUACCGAACUCGAAGUUUCCAACUCGGAUAAGUGUUACCAUUGGCUAUUGCAAUGGAUUUCCAAGUACAAUGAACACCUGUUGCACUUCAGUGUCACCACCGUCUGUCGGAACACUGAGUCCGGACACGCGACGUCAAAGUUCGACUACGAGCCAAGUUCCGGCGAACACAUGUUCAAGUACAAGGGUCAUACAAUACGCGUUAAACGCGAUCGCAGCUCGAUGAUAUCUAGUGAAUACGGUUCUAGACCGUACGAGACACUUAAUUUAUCUACUUGGGGCCGAAAUAGACAAGUGCUGAAUGAAAUCCUAGAAGAGGCCAGAUUAUACGCCAUGUCAGUUAUGGAGUUGGGCACCACUCUGAUGGUACCCUCGUACGACACAUGGCACAACUUUGGAGAGCCCCGCAUUCCACGGUCAUUGUCGUCUGUUAUACUAGACGAAGGCGUGAUCGAAAAUAUACUCAAGGACAUACAUGAUUUUGUAGACGACCAAUCUUGGUACUUGGAAAGGGGAAUACCGUACCGUAGGGGUUACCUGCUCUAUGGGCCACCAGGCUGUGGUAAGACAUCUAUGAUCAUGGCGUUGGCUGGCGAGAUCAAGUACAACUUGUGCGUGUUAAGCCUGAAUGACUCAAAAAUGUCUGACGAUCAAUUAGUUCAAUUAAUGGGAGAAGUACCGUCCAAAUCAUUCGUGCUCCUGGAAGAUAUCGACGCGAUGUUUGCCAACAGAGAUGGGAAAACAGUCAUAGAAGGCAGUACUAAAGUGACAUUGAGCGGUUUGCUAAACGCUUUGGAUGGUGUCGUAUCGUCCGAAGGCAGAAUACUAUUUAUGACUACCAACUACGUCGACAGAUUGGAUUCUGCACUAAUUCGAUCUGGCCGAGUGGAUUACAAACAGUACAUUGGAACAUGUUCAGAUCAUCAAUUGUCUCAAAUGUUCAUUAGGUUUCGUCCAGAAGGUACAACAGACGACAAAAGUAGAUUUGUAAAAGAUGUAAGAAAAUAUAGCAAACCGGUCGUCCCAUCUCAUUUACAAGAAUUUUUUUUGUUACAUCGGCAUAAAGAACUAAAUUAUGUGUUUGAACAUAUAAACGAUUUAUGGCAGAACGUACAAGACAUUCAAUUAACAGAGUAACAACAAUAAUAUUUAUAGUAUUAAUUUAAAAAUAAUAAUAAAUUAAUUUUUUAUGUACAGAAAAAUACUAAGUACAUAAAAAACCAAUGUUCAGUCGAAUAGCAAAUUUUUGAGCACAAUAAAAGAAAGUGUCAUGAGUAUUUAAAGUGUUAGAAAAAGAAUAACAAAAAUUAAUUAACAUGAAAAAAAAAACAAAAAAGUUUAUACGUUCAUUAUCUUUUGGGAUCAAUUGAGUAUAAUGCUAUAGUUCCGUCCAUAGCCCCAGUAGAAAGUAGCACUUUUUGGGGGUGAAACUUGGUAGUCAUCAAUGGUGAAUAACGUGUACUCAUGAACCAGUCUGUCAACUUCAAAGAGUUCAACAACUGACCCUCGGUGUUGUAAAAUAAUAACAUCUGAUUUAUACUACUGCUAAAAUUAAAAAAUUAAAUUACUCAAAAUAUAUAUUGUUAUUUUUAAAACAAA